CCAACCAAAUAGAAUUCCGAACAGAAAGAUGUUCCUUUCGUUUUCUCAAAGUUUUACAUUUCUAACGUUUGACAACGUAAAUUUUUCGCGACUCAUUGUGAUAGAUGCAUCCAGAAGGCCCUUCCAUAGACACAGACUGUGUCGUAUCCCCUCCACGGUGGCAGACCCUGCCCUACAGUAUACUCAUAGAAAUCUUCCGAUGGUUGUCUGUAAAAGAGGUACUGAAUGUUUCCAGGACGUGCCAUCACUGGCGGAGGUGUGCCCUCUCUGCGUCCGCGUGGGUUCACAGGCGCAUCGUGUUGGAUUUUACUUAUGACGGGAGCACGAAGGAAACAAAUCAGGAGCUUAUCGAGUGGUUGACAAGCAGUUUUGGACAUGUUUUAAGACAUACAAAGAUCAUCAUGUCCUUGGUGUGUGAGGGGAGCCACGAUCCUUUCUUCACAGGACUGCGGAUCAGACGACAGCAGUACGACAUCAUGUCAGAUUUGGUUGCCAGGGGCAACCUGAGGUCGCUAGAGCUGGAGUUCGUACAGCAUGUACAGAAGCAGAGCCCUGCGUGUGAGCACAAGGAGUGUACCUGGCCGCUCGUCAUGUUCUUACGGAAGGUCGUGGUGCAUCUCCGUCAUCUGUUGCACCUGUCAAUUCAAGGCCUUCCCGACGCGCACUGCGAAUGGUUGCUGAAGACCCUACAGGAAGUACCGUCCCUCCGUAGACUGGACCUCAGCCACAGACGGCAGCCAGUCUCUCGGCAGGUUUCCUUACGGGGGAGGCUGCGCAAGGCUAUUCCAACAGCCGUUCUUCAGGUGAAAACUUUAUGUUGA